UCAGCAGUGCACACCCGGGAAUUUCCUCGACACAUCAAAAAAUCACAACAAAAAACUCCUUGGUUACCACCAUUGGCGUGUUAUCGAGUCGAAUAGCGAGCACAGCAACGAAGCGAACGAACCAUGUCUUUAGAAUCCCAGCAGAUACCGUACGGUAAACAGCAGGCGUACUACAACGGGCUGGACCAGAACUUCCAGGAGUUUGCUGAAACCACGCAAUGGCAACAACAGCACGAGCAGAUGAACCACUCUCAGGUGCACGGCGGUCAACACAACGGUGUUCAACCGGACUCACAUGUAGUUGUUGGUGGUGGUAACACGCAGGACUAUGAGAGUGGAUAUCCUGUGUCGUUGGAAUAUGAACAGCACCAACGAGGGUUUCAAAACAGCGAUAAUGACCAAGAACAGAUACAACUUCCUGCGCCUGUGCCACAGCUUCCACCUACACACAUGUCACAUCACCAGGCGCAUCAUCCUGAGGCACGUCUUCAUGAACAGCAACAGAGCCAGCAACUCCAGCUGCAGCAGCAACAUCUUCAGCAACAUCUUCAGCAUCAACAACAGCAGCAGCAACAGCAGCAGCAUCAACACCAACCACAAAUGCCACAAGACGAUCGUAAACAAGAGGAUGUCAGCAUACCGCAAGAUGACGUUUCCGUUGAUAUGCCGGUGGAACAACCGUUCUACGUGAAUGCCAAGCAGUACCAUCGUAUUCUGAAACGUCGGUUAGCCAGGGCUAAGCUGGAGGAAUCCCUGAAAGUUGCACGGGGAAGAAGACCAUAUCUUCACGAAUCGAGACAUAAGCAUGCUAUGCGCCGUCCAAGAGGUCAAGGUGGUCGUUUCCUCACUGCAGCUGAGAUCGCAGAGAGGGAAAGACAGGAGAAGAUGAAACAGAUGGAAGAGCAGAUGAAGACUGACGAUAGCUCAGAGUCAAACCAGGUUACAACUGAGAAUCAUGCUACUGUAAGUGGCGAGAGUAGCGCAAAGGAUGCCACGCCCUCAACAGGCGAGCCAACAUCGGCUAAUGACAUAGCAGCCACAGCAGUAACGACAACGUCUUCCCAGUCAACAACAGUAACAACAGCAGCAACUAAUACUACUAAUACUACAUCAUCUAGUUGAUUCCUCCCCUCCCACCAUUGCAAUGCUGUGCUAUGUGAUCUGAUUUGCCCAUCGAGUUAUGAAUUUAUGUUAGGAAUCUUCAUUCCCCUGAAUACAACAAAGAACGAA